AUGGCACCCUCCUUCAUCCUGACCCUCUCGGGCCCCGACCGCCCGGGUAUCGUCCACGCCGUGACCGCAUUCCUGGUCCAGCACAACCUAAACAUCGUCGACUCAUCGCAGUUCGGUGACCCCACCUCCAAGCGCUUCUUCAUGCGCAUGCAAUUUGCCCCCGAGGGUACCACCGACAUCCCCGAACUCGAGCAGCUGCGUGAUGCUUUCAAGCCUACCGCCGAGUCUUUCUCAAUGGACUACCAGAUCCACCCCACCGCACAGAAGCCCCGCGUUUUGAUCAUGGUCUCCAAGAUUGGCCACUGUCUUAACGACCUCCUCUUCCGCCAGUCCACUGGCCAGCUCAGCGUUGAGGUUCCUCUCAUCGUCUCCAACCACCCCGACUUUGCGCCCCUCGCCGCAAGCUACAACAUCCCCUUCCACCACCUCCCCGUCACUGCCGCCACCAAGGCCGAGCAGGAGGGUCAGAUCCUCGAGCUGGCGGCACAGAACAACAUUGACUUGAUUGUGUUGGCCCGCUACAUGCAGGUUCUUUCGCCUAAGCUGUGCGAGGCCAUGUCCGGACGUAUCAUCAACAUCCACCACAGCUUCUUGCCCUCUUUCAAGGGUGCCAAGCCCUACCACCAGGCUUACGACCGUGGUGUGAAGAUUAUUGGUGCCACCGCCCACUUCGUCACCAGCGACCUCGAUGAGGGUCCUAUUAUUGAGCAGAACGUCGUUCGUGUCGGCCACGGUAUGAGCCCCAAGGAGUUGACUCACGCUGGUAGCAAUGUCGAGAGCAACGUCCUCGCCGCUGCUGUCAAGUACUUCGCUGAGCGCCGUGUCCUUCUCAACGGACACAAGACCGUUGUCUUCGACUAA